GAGAGAGAGGCACUUGAAGACGCACAGUCAGUUGUGGAUCAGUCAUACUAAUGUACGGACAGUAUGGGUCACGCUUGGUUUCUACGUACAGUUCUACUUUUAUUCGCCUUACCUGGAGGAUGGUUUAAACCUGCUAUCACUCCCGAUGCCCCUCAUCUGGUGAUACUUAAAGGUGGACAACUGGAACUGCGUUGUCAUGACGAUGCAGAGGCGAGCAUGGGCAGUGUGCAAUGGCUGCGGGAAAAAGGUCGGAAAAUCGAUGGCGAGCUAAAGGAAGACGGAGCCGUUGUCAUUCUCCUCACCUCCACACAGAACCAGCAUAUGGGCCGUUACACCUGUGAGAACACAAAAACGGGAGAGAGGAGCUCUAUCUAUGUCUAUGUGAAAGAUUUGGAGAACGCUUUUGUGCGCUCCAUGGUGAAUGGCCUUCUGGUGAGGGAAGGAGAGAAUUGCACUAUUCCUUGUUUAGUAACAGACCCAGCUGUCAAUCACCUGUCCCUGUUGACCUGUACUGGCACUGCCUUACCAGCUGGCCUCACCUACAUCACGAACACUGAAAGAGGGAUCACUAUCAGAAACGUCUCCAAAGCCUUUGAUGGCUGCUACGUUUGUGCAGGGCAGAUGGAUGAAAAACCUGUGAAAUCAAAUCAGUAUACCUUGGAUGUGCGGCUAGUCCCAGAGACAGUGCCAGCGAUCAGCCUAUCCAUAAUGGAAAAUGUGAUUCUGAUCCAGGAUCAGGACUUUGAGCUCACCUGUAGCGCCAUCAACAUCAACCAUGAUUUCCUCCUGAGCUGGAGUAUCCCAUCAGAAGCGAUAGCAACGGAAGUACCUAACUCUAACAUCGUGCCUGGUUCUCGAGGAUAUCAGCGCUCAGUAACACUGAAGUUCAGUUCUGUGAAGAUGAGUGACUCAGGAGUCUAUCAAUGUAGUGCAAAGAAUGAGAAGGGUGUCUCCAUGGCAAGUGUCAAUCUGGAGGUUUACGAGCAAGGUUUCAUUAACCUUACGGAGGGAGAGGACAGUGUGGUGCAGGUGCGAGAGGGAGAGAGUCUGACCCUCAGUGUGAAGAUGAUUUCAUACCCCAAACCCUCUCAAAUCUACUGGACCUAUAACAACAAACAGCUUCAAAACACAUCCGAGCACGUCAUUACACUACACGACCAGCAGUACAGGUACACCAGUGAACUGAGGCUGGUUCGAAUUCAUGAAUCAGAGGGCGGGAUCUACACUUUCUCAGCCAAUCACACAUAUGCGUCUGUCAAUCAGUCAUUCACUGUCCACGUUAUAUGUAAACCAGUGAUAGUUUCCCAGGAGGGGCCAGUUGAUGGACAGGUGCGGUGUGUUGCUUCAGGAUAUCCUGUCCCCAAAAUAUCUUGGUAUUACUGCGAGCCGCCACAUACACGGUGCUCCCUCUUGUUGAAUGCGACGCAGGCAGAUGAGGAUGUUGCCGUGGUAACAGUGUCAGGGUCAGAGUUUGGACGAAGUGAGGUGGAGAGUCGACUUAAUAUCAGCAAAGGAAAAUUUCACACUCUUGAGUGUGUGGCAAAAACCCAGGACGAGCAUGCCUACACCCUCUUUUCCAUCAGCGAAAGAACUGUGCCCCAUAAACUCUUCACACCUCUGUUGUCUAGUGUCGUGUCCACUGCUGUUCUGCUUAGCUUAAUUGUGGUGGUUCUGCUCUUCAAAUACAUGCAGAAACCAAAAUAUGAGAUCCACUGGAAGGUGAUCGACAGUUUUGAUGGCAACAAUUAUACCUACAUAGACCCGACGCAGCUGCCUUAUGACCCCAAAUGGGAGUUUCCACGGGAAAGACUGCGCUUUGGUAAAAUCCUUGGCUCUGGAGCGUUUGGUAAAGUGGUGGCAGCUACUGCAUAUGGACUCCUGUCAGCUGACACAGUGACCACUGUUGCUGUAAAAAUGCUAAAACCGAGCGCUCACUCCACUGAGAAAGAGGCUCUGAUGUCAGAGUUAAAAGUUCUGAGCUACAUUGGCAACCAUAUGAACAUUGUCAACUUGCUUGGCGCCUGUACAGUAGGAGGCCCUACUCUGGUGAUCACAGAAUUCUGUUGCUAUGGUGACAUGUUGAACUUCCUGAGAAGAAAGCGGGAUGCGUUUUUCAGUUCCAAAACAGGUGAUGGAUAUUACAAAAAUCUGCUCAGCCAAACACAGCCUUCAAGAGAGGGCACUGAUAAUGGUUACAUGCCCAUGAGGUCGUAUCAGAAGAGAUCGAAUCAGACAGGUAAAGCCCAUCCCAAGAAAGUACAAGCAAAAUACAGCCACUUUUACCACCAACUUUCAUUAUUUUAUACUUUUCAAUCUGUAUCAUCUCUCUCAGAAUGGUGUGAUGAUAAAGAUGAUCUCUCUUUGGAUACUGAGGAUUUACUCAGCUUCUCAUAUCAAGUUGCUAAAGGCAUGGACUUCCUCACAUCCAAAAAUUGUAUCCACAGAGAUCUGGCUGCUAGGAAUGUUUUACUGACUCAGGGCCGGGUAGCAAAAAUAUGUGAUUUCGGUCUGGCACGUGACAUCACUAGAGAUUCCAGCUACGUCCUGAGAGGAAAUGCACGUCUGCCAGUGAAAUGGAUGUCCCCAGAGAGCUUGUUUGCUUGCGUGUACACUUUUGAGAGUGACGUCUGGUCCUAUGGCAUCUUACUGUGGGAGAUCUUCUCUCUGGGUAACACGCCUUAUCCAGGUAUUCCAGUUGGAUCCACAUUCUAUAAGAUGAUACAAGAUGGAUACAGAAUGAGUGAGCCUGAGUUUGCCCCAAUUGAAAUUUACGAGGUAAUGAGAUGGUGUUGGAGUGCUGACCCUCUGAAGAGACCAACCUUCAAAAAACUGGUGGAAAGGACUGAACUCCUGCUGUCGGAAACCACCAAACAUGAUUACUUGAAUCUCAGCACUAGCGGCAGCUGUGAGGCGUUUGUACCUCCAGACCUGCAGAGGGCACAACGGCUGAGUUCUGUGGGCAGCUCGACAGCCUCAACUCAACCCCUGCUGCAGGCAACAAAUGAAGUUUUUCUGGAACAUCAGAGCAUAUAAAUGACAUCACAUUCUUUGUUUUGCCUCAAAAUCACCAUUUUCUCAAUGGGUUUUACCUAAAAGCCUUAUCCUCCAUUUGAAUGCUGACUUUAAUAGUGGCAUUUAAGGGCAUCUCCUAAGAUUCCCUGCUCUCUGUUUGGCUCAAUGCAACUCCAUUAGCCUUGUCUUCCAUUAUAUUUCAAAUUACUCAAGACACAGCAUGUCCAGCCAUAUAACUGUUAACGUAUUUUUCUAAAUGCAGCUGGGCUCCAUUUUAUUGUAUUGAUCAUAGUAUUUUGAGUGCAUGAGCAGCCAGGCAAGCAUUUAGAUAUAGAACCUAAUGUUACCUCACCAGAUAAAUGACCAGCUCUACUGAUGACAUCAUUGUGUAGUGAGUGUCUCUGUGAUGAUGUCGUGUUGUGUAUUCUUUUGUCUUUGUCCGGGUGAACAACUGCAAGUACGUCUUAGUGCAAGUAACAGUAAGGUAGGUCAGUGGAAAAGAUGUUAAACCCAAAGUGAGUCUUGUUUAAUGUGGCACUAUCUGAAGCACUUAACAUCAAAUGGAGGUUCUCGUUCAUACAUCGGUACUGUUUUCAGCAUGUCAUUACUCUCAGGUGAGUAUUAUAAUGCAUUAUCGAUUUGUAAUGCUAUAUUGCAUCCAUGAGAUCCCUCUCUUAACUAAAGUUGUACUUUAAAAUUGUCAUAUUUAUUAAUGAUGAAUUUGUUUUUUUACAUUCUUUUUUUUUGCCAUUUUGGAAUUGAACAUUUGAGCUGUUGAAUAUGUAUAUAUGAAUACAAUUUGUUGUGGUGUAAAACUGAGAUAAUCAUAUUUGGAUUGUACAUUGUUUGUAAUAACUGACUGGGUUCUAUUCUUCAAAAGUGGCUAACUUGGCUACAAUAGCUGGAGUAAACCAUAAGUUUUUGUUCUCAAAGCAUGCUUAAAAGAUAAGAAACACCAGACAUCUGCUCGUUGUGAAUUAAAAAGUUUAUUAUUCCAGUAGAUCCAAGUUUUAUGCUAAAUUAUUCAGCCGACUAAACCACGUUUGAAGGAUUGGAUGUUGGUUUCAAAAAGAAUCAAAUGUUUUUGAAUGUUAACUGUGACAAAUCACUUGAACUGCUAUGAGAUUUGACUUUGUAAAUAUCUGAUGUGUCAGCUAUUUUUUCAACUUGUAGAAUGUUAUGUCAGAAGAAAAAGGGCGGUAUUGAAUGAUGUAACUGUUUUUAUACAGAAUAAAUGAAAAGUGAAAAGGA